AUGUCGAUAACAAAUGAUCAUCAACUUCAAUGCUCUAACACAACUUGUUUUCCAUUUCUGACGUUCAUUGCAUUAGAUAUUCUCGAUUGUCAAAUCAAAUGCUUGACUCGAACUCCUUGCGAAGCAGCUACUUUUCAUAAAGUUACUUCAAAUUGUGAAUUACUUGCUAAUAUAUCUCAAACAAUUGGCAACCUAUCAGUUAAUUUGAAUACUGUUACUAUGAUAGUUAUCAAUGGAACACGCAUACCCUCUGCUCCAUCAACAGCAUCAGUAACACCAGCAGCAUCACUAGCACCAGCUCCACCAGCAGUACCAGCUCCACCGGUAGCACCAGCUCAACCAGCAGUACCAGUUCCACCAGCAGUACCAACUCCACCAGCAGCACCAGCUCCACCAGCAGUACCAGCAGUACCAGCUCCACCACUAUUAGCGCAGGAGGCAUACGACACGCCAUAUAUCAGGAUACGCUAUCCCAAAAGUGUAGCAUAUCUUUACAAGCCAUUGGGAUGGAUUCUGUAUGCAUCUAAUGCAACUAUUCCUGAUACUUCGUGUCCUAAUGUUGGAACCGGCAAUGGUACUAAUCUCGUGGCUUGUCAAGCGUCAUGCGACGUACGACCUGCAUGUAAUGGAAUGAAUUUUAGUCCUACGGUUCCAGCUUGCUAUCUUCGUCAAUGUCCUAAUUAUUCGCCAGUUACUAACGUCAAUUCAGUAUAUAAUGCGUGGCUAAAAAUACCUCCAGCUUCAACUCAAUGGACUCUAUAUGCAUCUAAUGCAACUAUUCCUGACUCUGCGUGUCCUAAUGUUGGAACCGGCAAUGGUACUAAUCUCGUGGCUUGUCAAGCGUCAUGCGACGCACAAUCUGCAUGUAAUGGAAUGAAUUUUAGUCCUACGGUUCCAGCUUGCUAUCUUCGUCAAUGUUCUAAUCAUUCGCCAGCAACUAACGCUAAUUCACAGUUUAGUGUAUGGAUAAAAAUAUCCUAA